UUCUUCUUCCAAUUUGCUAAGGCGCCGAGCGAACCAAGUCGCGCAGCUUAAGAGCUUCUUCGUUGUUGCUGCUGCCGUGUGUUGCUAAGCUUCAAGAUGUCGCAGAGAGCCGGGAGGCACCAGAGGAGGGCGUCGCAGAGCGUGUUCGUGCUGCCGGAGAACUUCGCCAGCCUCGAGGACGUGGCGGCGGACGUCAUCGGCGGCGGCGGCGCCGAGCAGCGGAAGCCCGCGGCGGCGGCGGACGCGUCGUCGGAGCAGCAGCCGGCGAGGAUGCAGGCGGGGCGGCACCGGCGGGCAAUGUCGAUGGCCGUGGCGGCCAGGGACCUGGAGAUGAUCACGGAGGACAUCGCCAGCUACAAGUACGGUGCUUAGGCUACGACCUCACGGCUCACGCAUGUGUUGGUACGUGUUCCAACAGCGGCGGCGGUGUACUCCUGGGCUAGGUGCAGAAAAAGGGUUGGGGUGGUGGUUCUUCGAUCGAGACUGAUCUCGUGUCCUGUUUAGCAUGCCGUUUGAUUGUUUUUCUCGUGAUGUAUUUCCUCCUCCUCCUCGUGAUGCGUAAUUUCUAUCUCGAUCACAAGUAAAGAGAAGAAAACAAAAAAAAAAUCUUCAGGUUGCAACCAUGUUCAGGCUACAAAAGGCAUCUUUUUUUUCUUUCA